AUGAUGAGGAUAAAUCCCAAAAAGUAUUUGAGCAUCUGGGUCUCCUUAAACUUGUCCUUCUCACUGCACCAUGAGAAAUCGUCCCAAAAGGCAUUCGCCAUUUUACGGAUGAUCCGGCGCACCUUUCCCCGUAUUACUCGCAUGGACUUCCAAAUACUCUAUGGGUUCUACGUCAGAUCACUCCCCGAGUACGCCAACCAAGUUGUCUACUCAUUACGCUCGAAAGACGUCACCCUCAUUGAGCGUGUCCAACGUGCCGCUACGAAAAUUGUUGUCGGCCUCAAAUUCGCGGACUACGAAACGCGUCUCGCGAUGCUUGAUCUCUUUCCCCUGGAGAACCGUCGCCCCAGAAAGGAACUAAUUCCUACAUACGCCCUGUUUGAACAACGCUUGGCAAACAGAGGGGGAUGUGUAGGGUUCUACAACCUCUGUUGUGGUCAGCAAAACCAGUCGCCUGGCUCAGGUCUGAAAACGCUGACCUGUUUAAAAGCGGUAAUUCAGGUGCGUGCAACAUGUGCUCAUGAAAUAGUAGGGAUACAGUUGGCACGAAAUGUCAGAUAUCCGGAGCUCGAACCCCAGAAUGUUUCUGGAUAUACGCAAAACUUGAGUUCAGUGUUUUGCUUUGGACGCGGAAUCACCAUGCUAAUUGCGCAUGGAGAAUGGGAUAACUAUUCAUUAGAAAACGACCUAAACACCAAAGAGUCUUUGUUGUACGAAAAUUAUACAGGUUAUCUGGAACACUUGAUAAGUGAGGUACUGUUAAUAGUUGUCACCUAUUUGACUUCUGUUGUAGUUCGAAAGAUGUUUGCAACUCUAACCGAAUUCUCAGUUUUCUCGACUGCACGUGACUGUUUCCUUCAAAGACGCACAAACAGCUGGACUUUAUGCGUCCAUGCUGGCAAU